AUGUCGGACUCUGCGCAAAUAUACAUGGAGAAUGUGCUCCACAUCACGGGGUACCUACACAGACUGCUGUUCCUCAUGAAGGAACUGGACUUCAAGGAACACAAAAUAAACAAGCUCAUUCAACAGAAGGAGGAAAUAUAUUUAGCACAUCUGAACCACUGGUCAAAAAACAAAAUCGACAGGCAGGGUACCUACCUGACUGGACAGUCGAGCAUGCAGAAUGACGACCGCCUACUUGAGUUCGAAAAUAGGAACUGUGAGACGGAGGGCGUCGACCUACCAGGCAAGCGCCAUGUGCGCAUUAAGGAGGAGGAACACUCCGGUGGGGAGGAACCAACGGCAGGUGCAGACCCUGCCGCGGAAGAGACACCCCACGACUGCCACCGUAAUGAACCCACAGAUGCAGCUAGCGAGUCGUCAUUAAAAAGCACAUCGCAUAAAGCAGCCAAACAUAGCACGUCCCACCGAAGAAAGAAGGCAGACGCGCUACAGGGGGAUCCCCCCGGCGAGCGAAAAGGGGUUAAGCGGGAAGUACAAACAGAUGAUGAGCAAAAGGGGGAAGCACAAAAUGUAUCAGACAUGAAUAAUCACCCGUGUGGGGAACCGACCAGGCCCCCCGUGAAGGACGAAGCGGACCUGGCCCUUCACAACGGAGAGGACCCACCCAACACCCACCCCUACAAAAAAAAAAACAGUAACCAAUACAUGCCCAGCGCAAACACAGACGAUGAAGGAAAGAGCCAAGUGUGUACAUCCACACAAAUGUACACCGAGGAAGAGUGUGAACAUCUCCUGAACGAAAUUAUUAGCGACAGGGAACAGUGCAUAGCUCUACUAAAAGAAAAAAUAUGUAUAAACAACCAAAUAGCUUAUCUUAUAAAAACUGAUUUUGAUCGUGUGAAAAGUCAGCACGACAAACUGUUUGUGGAGAUGGAAAUGAAUGGAGAGUCACCUCCUUACCUGCACGACACGAGUAGGAACAGGAGUGCCCCCUACGACUGGAAUGAUCAUCAGGACAACGUGAAUGAAAGAAGUGGCUUCUCACAUGAACAGCUGCUGACCCAUGGGCACGGAAACGAUAUGCAUGGUAACGCUACCCACGCAAAUGGCUCCCAUGUAAGAACCAACCAGAGCAGAAGUACCCACCAGUUAGACUCAUGCGAUAUGAACAACACAAAAGAGGAUGACGCAGACAGCUCUUCCAUUAAAGCCUUUGGAAGAAAACACUCUCACAGAUAUGACGAGGAUUACAACCCCUACACUGUGGGGAAGAAUAAAAAAACGAAAAAGGCAAAAAAAAGCCGAGGGGGAGAAAAUACCACCACAAAUACAAGCACUAAAUUGAAAGUCGCAACGGACAAGGGAGCCUCCGGUGUGGAAGGCGGUGGAAGUGCAGGUAGUGAGGGCGUGGUGCAAAAUUCCUCCCAAACGGGAAGCAGUAAAAUGAGAAUUCGUCUCCUGUCGGUGAAGAACCUCCCGCAGGAGGUGACCAACCAGGCGGAUGGUACGCCCUCGGAGAAAGUGGCCUGCACAGCGGUGGAGGAGGCCCCACACAUGUCCACCUCGGAAGCCAAGGCAGAUCUAGCCAAAGCAGACCUGGCCAAAGCGACCAGCCUUGAAGUAGCAAAAAAGCAAGGUGAAGAUCAUGCCGAACAGGGUGCAAACCCCCAUGGGGAACAACCUAAUGAGAAUGAACACUCCAAUGAAAAGGAAAAUCAUUAG